AUUUUACAAAUACGUAUAGUAGCAGCAUGACUAACACACCCCCAGGCCAACCCCAAGCUCGCCCAACGCAAAGACGACGAUGGCCGUCUCCCCAUUCACUGGGCCUGCUCCUACAACCGCAAGGAAGUCGUCGAGCUCCUCGUGAACCAAAAGGGUUUCGAUCCUGAUGCCGAAGACGACAUGGGCUGGACCCCCUUCAUGAUCUCCGCCUCAGUCAAAGACUCGGACGCCAUCCUCGACCUCCUCCUCGCCCGCGGCGCCGACAUCAACCAAACCAACCACCAAUCGCAAACCGCCCUACACUUCAUCGCCUCCAAAAACAACCUCGACCUCGCACGCAAGCUUUUGUCUUCAGACAUGAAGCCCCAGCCCGCCUCGGUCCGCGUCAAGGACAAACGCGGCCAGUACCCCUUGCACCGUGCCGCCGCUAUUGGGUCUGUGCCCAUGAUUAAUCUUUUGCUGGAACACAAGUCGCCGAUUAAUGCCAGCGAUAACGCGGGGUAUACGCCGCUGCAUCAUGCGGUGGCGGAGGGACAUGGGGAUGCGGCGGUUGCGUUGCUCAAGGCCGGAGCGGAGACGGAUAAGAAGGAUGUGGAUGGGUGUUUGGCGUUGGAUUUGGCGCCGGAUAAGGAUGUGAGGAGGUUUAUUGAGAGGGAGGCGGAGAGGGAGGGGAUUGAGCUUUGAGUUGGUUCGUGGGUGCAGGUGGGGAGAGGGAGAGGGAUGUAUAUGUGGUGAGCAUGGCAAUGACAUGAUGAGGAUGAGCGUUGAUUUUGAGAUUGAUUGCCUCGAAGAACGAUGGGGGAAUCUGACGAAGAGGCGUCAAACAGAUUAGUGGCAUUAACAUCCCAAAUUUUCGUGAAAGACAUUCCCACUCACCUGUCCAUUAUGCUCCCUA